CCAUGGCAACGAGGGCGGGCAGCGUGUGCGGAAGGCGCUCAGGGAAGUGACGUUGUCGUUGACGGAAGUGACGUGAGCGGGCUGAGGCAUGGCUCGGAAGGCGGCAGGGCGGCCGCCGAAGGAAACCCUGUCGCUGUGGACGCGGGAGCAAGCCCGGCUGAAGGCCUGCGUCGUAGAUCGGGACACCGAGGCCUGGCAGGGGGACCCUGCCUUCUCCGGCCUGCAGAGGGUCGGGGGCGUUGACGUGUCCUUCGUGAAAGGGGACAGUGUCAGCGCCUGUGCCUCACUAGUGGUGCUCAGCUACCCUGAGCUCAAGGUCAUUCUCGUGGAUGGAAACGGGGUGCUCCACCACCGAGGCUUUGGGGUGGCCUGUCACCUUGGCGUCCUUACGGGUCUACCCUGCAUUGGGGUGGCCAAGAAACUUCUGCACGUGGAUGGGCUGGAGAACAACGCCUUGCACAAGGAGAAGAUCCAGCUCCUGCAGGCCGGAGGAGACUCCUUCCCUCUGACGGGAAGCUCUGGGACCGUCCUGGGAAUGGCCCUGCGGAGCCACGACCGCAGCACCAAGCCCCUCUACAUCUCUGUGGGCCACAAGAUGGGCCUGGAGACGGCCGUGCGCCUGACCCACCGCUGCUGCAGGUUCCGGAUCCCCGAGCCCGUGCGCCAGCUGACAUCGCUCCGAGAGCACAUCGCGAGGACCCUGGAGCUUCCUGGCCGCCCGCCCCCCAGGAACCAGAAAGUGCAGAGGCCAAAGUCCUGCCCCGAAGGAGUCUCAGUAGAGCCCACCAGUGAGGCCAGGCCUCCAGCGCACCGCAGCCAAGGCGCUAGGACAGACCUGAAAGCCCCAAAGCCAGCCUCCCAGGAGCAACAGGGCAAGGCCGGCCGUCGAGUGGAGCUGGACACCGUGAAGAUGCAAAGACCACCAGCCACCCAACUCCGGCCUCGGGACCAUGACCGCCUGUAGGAGCUGGUCUCUAGGGACUUUGGGGACCUCACCUCCCAGCUGUGGGUGGAGCGCCCAGUCCCUGAAGACACUGCGCCACUCACGGGGACAUAGCAGGCACAGCACCGCUCGAGGUAGGUUGGAGGUGACCGUCCCUCCCUGCUCUGGCAUUAGCUGGUGGUCCAUGGUCAGGGUGCCUUAGAGGAAGACAGAGCCCACGGGCCCAGUGCCAGACCUGUCUGACAGCGUGUGAGACACCUUCCUGAAGCUGGGAAGAGGAUUCAGGGUCGCCAGCCUGGACAAGCCCCUCGGCUGCUGCUCCACCCGCCCCUUUGAACACACCGGCUCUGCUUGCUCGUUUCUGUUGUUUCCCAGGAUUCGUUUGUAAACCAGCCCUGCUGGGCCGCCUCCGCCCUAACCUGGGAGGGCUCUGAGCUGGGGUGGCUGGGCCUCGGUACCGCCUGCUGUCCCUCGGGCCCAACACCUGUGCUGCCCAUGGUGCAGCUGCGUGGCCUGGGAGGAGGGGGAGGUGAGCCUCAUUUCAGCCAAGGGUGGGGCGGGGGCGGGGGACACUCAGGGAAAGUCUGCACUGUGAGGCAGGGUGCCGUGCCCCAUCUCCCCACUGCUCCCAACCUAAAGCCCAUUUGUAGGCCUGGGCCGCAGGGGUGCAGGUACAGAAGAGGCCCAGCCUAUGUAGCUGCCCUCACUUGAUGGUGCAGCCUCUAUUCUAGAAAUUUCCACAAGAAGUGGGCUUACUCCAGGACAAGUGGGGCUGUGCGUGCGGCGCCCAGCCGACCCCUCCCCAUGGCACAGCAGGCACAGGAGGAGGCGAGAUGCUCAUUGGGGCUGCCAGGGUGACCAGGUGCCAUCAGGUGCUGCAGUGUCCCUGGGUGUUCAUUGGGGGAAGCAGUUUCCAGCAUGUUCCACAGGUGCCUCACGGGGAGCCUAUGGGCAAGAGGACUGGCCCAGGUCCUGCCUCCUAUUGAUGAUGCGCUUUGUCCUCCUGCGCACCUGUGCAGCCACUGCUGUGACAAGCACAGGGGCGUCUCAGUCACAGGAUGGGUCACAGUCACAGUCACAGCCCACACAGGCUUCCUCGCUCCCCAUCCUGUGACUGAGACACCCCCUGUGCUUGUCAUAGCUGUGGGUGUACAGGGAGCUCCCAGCCCAGAGAGCUCUUAGGGACGUGCCUUAGGUCACCAGGGCGUGGGGCUGGGUUUGGGCACGAGGACAGUAGGAACUGGCCAGGUCAUUUCGGGCUGCUGACUGUCUGCACCGUGGGCCAGACCCACACGCCCGUUCCGCAGUGUGAGGGCGCAAGCAGCACCCCAGCGCGGCGGCUCGGCCCUUGUGCCUCUGGGGUCAGCAGCCAGAGGAGGAGCCAUGGUUGUCAGCCCUGGGCACUCGGGCCUUUCUGUGGAGUCUGGCUUUCUGUAAGACCUCUGCCCAGUGGACCAAGGGGUCCCUUCACCAUAGCAGGGGGGGCUCUGCCCUGCGCCACCCCAAAGCAGCAGAAGCUGGGGUGGGGGGAGACAGGCCGGGGUCUGUGUCUUUUCCCUGCCUCCCUCGAGGCUACACUGCAGGCACAGGGCCUGCUCCGGCGCCCAGACCACCUGACUGAGCUUGGAAGUGAGUGAUAGCAGAAAGCAAACACUCCCAGGACCCCUGUCUGGCGAGGGUGACGGUACAGGGCCCUGGUGUUUGAAGCAGCCAGUGUGGCCUGCGGGGGUCUGU